UUUACAUUCAACUGUGAAUGGCCAAUUGAUAAGAAGAAGUGAGCAAGCAACGUUUAUUUACAAAGUCGAUCCUUAGUGCAGCCGUAAAAUGUCUGAGCGCAAAGUGUUGAAUAAAUACUAUCCUCCGGACUUCGAUCCGUCGAAGAUACCGCGCAUGAAAUUAGCGAAAAAUCGCCAAUACACAGUUCGAUUGAUGGCUCCGUUUAAUAUGCGUUGCAAAACCUGUGGAGAAUACAUCUACAAGGGCAAGAAGUUCAAUGCUCGCAAGGAGGAUGUGGAGAAUGAAACCUAUUUGGGCAUACGCAUAUAUAGGUUCUAUAUCAAGUGCACGCGCUGCCUGCAGGAGAUCUCCUUCAAAACUGAUCCACAAAACACGGACUACGAGAUCGAGGCGGGCGCCACUCGUAAUUUUAUGGCAUUGAAACUGGCCGAGGAACAGGCGCGUCGAGAAGAGCGUGAAGCACGCGAGGAGGAGGCUAACAAUCCAAUGAAACUGCUAGAGAACCGCACGCAACAGUCGCGCAAUGAAAUCGAAAUGCUCGAGAGUCUCGAGGAGCUGCGCGAUCUCAAUAGACGUCAACAAACGGUGGACUAUACGACAAUGCUGGAGCAGUUCAAUCCGGCGGAAACGGAACGUGAACGCGAGGAGCGCGAACAACGCGAGGAUGAGGCGUUUGUCAAAUCUGUGAACUUCAAAAACAAAUCGGACAGCGGCAAACGCAUUGUCGCGGAGGAGAUUAUUGAGGAAAUAACGGAGGAGAAUAAUACAGAUGUAACUGCGCCCACACCAGCCAAACUGGCGAAGCCCAAUCCUGCAAAGCCUAACCCAAGCAAAGCGCUUUGUGGAGCUCAGCUGGUGAAAAGAAAGACGCCCCUGGUGUUGGUAAAGCCUAAGACAGAAGGAGCAGCAACAACAGCGGGAAGCAGAGUAGAAGGCGGAGCAGCGAAAGCAACUGCAGGAGCACAGGUCCCAGCAGCAACAGUAGAAGUAGCAGAGGGGCAGGGAGCAGCUGGCGCUCAAGUGACAACCAAAGCCUCGGAGCCAUCAGCAACACCUGCUGCAACUGCCUCGAAACCUGCAGCACCGGCUGGCCUCUCCCUUUUAGCUGCGUACAGCGAUAGCUCUGAGGAUUCCAACUGACCCUUGCAUCUUAGCAGCAUUUAUAUCGAGUCCAUGUUUAUUUACAAAUUAACUAUAUGCUAAGGCACAAAUAAAUGUAAUUAAAUUUUCAGUUUAACG